AUGCAGCUCGACGAGCCGAGCGCCGCCGUCAGCUUGACAGAAGACGACGGAGAACGGCUUGGACUACGCAAUCUAUGCCUCACAUCACGGUCACUACGCCAAAUUGCUCAGCCAAUUCUUUUUCACGUUUUCUUACACCACUGCACCAUGAGCACCAUGAACUGGACAAGCGAAGAAACAAACUUGAUACCUCGGUUGUUCCAGUUACUGAAAACGAUCAACGAAGACGCCCAUCUUUCUUCUUGCCUCAAGUCCAUCGAUAUCAAUGCAUUUGAAGAGAAAUGUAUUAUCUGUUCACCUUCGUUAGAAUGUGCAACUCAGGAAGAGAUCAGUCAAGUUACGCGAUUAUCGAAAAAAACAGGUCUAGAUAUCAAUCCCACCGGCUUGGACCACGAUCUUCUCCCUGAGAUUCUAAUCCAAUUCUUAUUGAUUAUGACGCCGAAUCUCCAGAACGUCAGCUUGUGCGUACCACGUUGGUGGAUCUUUUACCCGUUGAGAAAAUGGAUCAAUAAAUGGAGGCCCAAACUAAAUGAGUCAAAAAUACUGCUGGGCCAGGUACGACACAUGGAGCUGGAGACUGAGAGACAUAGCGACGACACGUGUCUUGAGGACAACCAUAAAGAUGAGAAUCUUUGUCACCCGGUUCCUGAUCCCAUUGAACGACUACUCAUAGACAGUGCACCGAAUCUCGAGGUGUUGUCAUGUUCUGCUGGAGGGCUGGAGGGUCUUCCGAAGUUGCCAUUGCUCAGGUGGCUGCACCUCCGCAUGGAAGGGUCUUGGAAGGAAAUGUUGCCUAAAUUAAUGGAUCGCCUACCGUCCCUGACACAUUUCAGCUACUUGACCAGCAACUUGCACUCUCCCACGCCCAGAGAGAUCCAAGACGCCCUCCAUAAUCACCAGGAGACUCUUCAACAUCUCACUGUGAUCAAUCGGUUUGGGGAGAGCAUUGCAAGUGAUGAUUUGCGAACGGAUCCAAGCCGGCCAUACUCAAUGACCUCUCUGGCCGGUUUCAAGGCUCUCGAAUCCAUCAACCUUGAUGGCUAUAUGAUCUGGCCGCAUCGGAGGGACGGAGGCACGAUACAAGAAAUGGAGGCGGACUUGCAGCUUCUACCGAACUUUUUGCCUCAAUGCUUACGGCAGCUUCAUAUUGAUGGCUGGGGUAACUAUGGAGAGGAGAACCUAAGGUCUUUAGCUAAGGCUAUGGCAAAUGUGGAAUUUCCCUACCUGGAAACGGUGAUCUGGGGCAUCGUUCAUGAUCGCCGGCUCCUUCGGCGUGGGUCUUGCAACAAAGCGUGGGAGACGGGCAUGGAUUGGAGGGAAAUAAUUACAGAGAAAGUUGAAGACCGCAUACGCAAUUGUCAUCAGGAAGCGUUUCCAAACUGGGGAGACGAUUUGUUGGGGUCUGCUGCAAAAGAGGCUGGCUGA